AAUUGAAAGUAUACUAUCAAACUUUUUGGGAUGGAUAUUGAAGUUAUACCCAACUUUUAAGUAUUUUGGGGUGCUAUGUAACCGUGGGGUUUCUUGUUAAUUUGUCAACAACCCCCUAUCCUAUUCAACAUUGUUGGGAUUUACCGGCAGUGCUUAAACCCUCUUUCGCACCAAAAAGCUUUGAAACCGAUAAUUGAAAUUGAAAUGAAGAAUCUCUCAAGACGAUGAUUCAAUUCCAACGAAGCUUCUCCUUCUUCUCAACCACCACCACCGCCACUCCUUCUCCCUCUCUCCGCCACCUCAUGUUUCAUCUCAAGUCGUUUCACUCUCCGCUAAUCCCGCCGCACGUGAAUGUAACCAACAUCGCCGUCCAACGCCGUAACUGUUUUCCAUUUCGUUCUCCAGGUGUCUCUAAUUUCACUAAUUUGAAGUCCGUUACGUCAGUUAGCGGUUUCACUUUUCCGUUUCCGGCAAAUGGCGUUGGAAGGAGUUUAUCGUUCUCGUCUGUGGCGCCAGAGAAGAGUAAACGGAAGAAAAUUGUAACUGUUAAAGCUGUUACGGUUCGUGGUAAGGAUAAGGUUGUGAGUUCUAAGAAGUCUGUGGCGCCAGAGGAGAGUAAACGGAAGAAAACUGUAACUGUUAACGCUGCUGCGGUUCGUGGUAAGGAUAAGGAUAAGGUUGUGAGUUCUAAGAAACCUGCUGUUAAAGAAGUUAACAAUGUGGAUUUAGGAGAAUCUAGUUUGAGUGAAGAGUCUAAGAGUGAUAAACAGGAUUUGAAAAUUAAGGCUGCUAAAAAGAAGAAGAAGCCGUUGCAGAGUAAGAAGACUUCUGCUGCAACCAAUUCGUCAGAAGUGGUUACUAAAGAGGUUUCUAGAAAGGCAUCUUCCAAAGGGAAGAAGACUAAUUUGAAGGAGAGUUCGUCCGGUAUUACUUCAAAAGAAAUACAGGGUGAUUCUGCUUCUACAAGGUCGAAGAAGAAGGAAGUAAUAAUCUCUAGUCAGGUUGAUCUGGAGAAACCGCUAGGGAAGUUUACGGAAAAACCACUGUAUCCACCUGUGGGAAAGUCUGUUGUGGUUGUGGAGUCGGUCACGAAGGCAAAAGUUAUUCAGAGAUACCUCGGUGAUAAGUAUGUAGUCUUGCCAAGCUAUGGUCAUGUAAGAGACUUGGCUUCGAGGUCUGGAUCUGUGCGACCAGAUGAUGAUUUUAGUAUGGUGUGGGAAGUUCAACCAUCUUCCUCGGCUCACCUGACAAGCAUCAAUAUUGCAUUAAACGGAGCAGAAAAUCUUAUCCUUGCAUCAGAUCCUGAUCGCGAGGGAGAGGCAAUUGCUUGGCACAUAAUUGAGAUGUUACAACAACAGGGAGCUCUGCGGGAUAAUAUUUUUCUGGCUAGAGUUGUCUUUCAUGAAAUAACUGAGAAAGCUAUAAAAACUGCUUUGCAAGCUCCACGAGAGAUUGAUGUGAAUUUGGUUUAUGCUUACCUUGCACGGAGGGCUCUUGAUUAUUUGAUCGGGUUUAACAUUUCACCAUUACUAUGGAAGAAAUUACCAGGUUGCAAAUCAGCAGGAAGAGUUCAGUCUGCUGCACUUUCUCUUAUAUGUGAUAGAGAAAUGGAAAUUGAUCAAUUUAAACCCAAGGAGUAUUGGACUAUGGAGGCCAAGUUUAAUAUGAAAGAACAUAGAUUAAACAAGGAUUUAACAUUUCUUGCUCACCUGACCCACUUUGAUUCAAAGAAGUUGAAUCAAUUUUCGAUUACUUCUGGCGAGGAGGCAAGGGAUAUCGAAAGCAAAAUAAACUCUACAGAGUUUCGGGUUAUUAGCAUGAAGAGAGAUAAAUUUACAAAAAAUCCUCCUACACCUUAUAGAACAUCAACACUUCAGCAAGAUGCUGCAAACAAAUUGAAUUUCUCAGCAAGUCAAACAAUGAUGCUAUCUCAGAAACUCUACGAGGGAGUUGAACUACCUAAUGGUAUAUCAGCGGGUUUGAUAACAUACAUCAGAACUGAUGGACUCCAUAUUUCCGAUGAAGCUGUUGCCAAUAUUCGCUCCCUGAUCAUUGAAAGGUAUGGACAAAAUUUUGUUGCACAAAGUCCACCAAAGUAUUCUAAAAAGGUGAAAAAUGCACAAGAAGCCCAUGAGGCCAUUAGACCAACUGACAUAUGCAAGUUACCAUCAAUGCUGGCUGGGGUGUUAGAUGAAGAUUCCUUGAAGCUAUACACACUUAUUUGGUCGAGAACAGUUUCAUGUCAGAUGAAACCAGCUAUUUUUGAGAAGAUACAACUUGAUAUUGGAGAUUCUGAUAGGUCUAUUAUGUUACGGUCUGCUAGCUCAAGGGUCGAAUUUCCUGGAUACCGGGCAGUUUUUAUGGACAUUGUCACUGAAGCUGGACAAGACAGAGAUAGUGACGGGUCCAAUCGUGAGCUAGCUUUUGAGGUUCUAAAUUCCUUUAAGACAGAGGAUCUGUUACAUCUUGUUCAAACUGAGGUGAGUCAGCACCAUACGCAACCACCGCGGCGUUACUCUGAAGCAUCAUUGGUUAAGGAGCUUGAAGAGCGGGGGAUUGGAAGACCUUCAACAUAUGCAAGCACAUUAAAAGUAUUACAGGAUAGGAAGUACGUGACAGUAAAAAACCGUGUUCUCUCUCCAGAAUUCCGUGGUCGUAUGGUUUCAGCUUUUCUGUCACAUCAUUUUUCAGAGGUCACAGACUACAGUUUCACGGCUGGUAUGGAAACUGAGCUUGAUAAUGUUUCUGCUGGAACAACCAAAUGGAAAGGCCUCCUCGGAGAUUAUUGGACACGAUUUAAAUCAUAUUGUGAGCAAACUUCUAAUGUUCAUAUUCACCAGGUUGAGAAGAUGUUAGAAAAAGAAUUUGGGGAUUAUUUAUUUGGUUCUGUCCUAGAUAAGAGUCGGUCAUGUCCAAGUUGCAAGGAAGGCACGCUGAUAUUUAAAGUAAGUAGAUUUGGCGCUGGCUACUUUAUAGGCUGUGAUCAACAUCCGAGCUGCAAAUUCAUUGCUAACACAUUAUAUGGUGAUGAGGGGGAAGAUACACCUCAGCCAAACACUCUGAUAGAGGAACCUAAACUCCUAGGCUUUAAUAGUAAUUCAAAUGAAAAGGUUCUUUUGAAAAAGGGUCCUUUUGGAAUCUAUGUUCAGCUUGGUGAAAACAGGAAGGGAUACCCACCUAAAAGAACUUCUGUUCCUUAUGUAAAGGAUUUGAAUUCUACCACACUUGAAGACGCACUUGCGUUGCUACAAUAUCCCUUGACAUUGGGUAAACAUCCUAAGGAUGAACACCCUGUCGAAUUAAAGGUUACAAAGGCUGGCUAUUAUGUAAAACAUCGACGCACAACUACUUCUAUUCCUAAGAAUAUGAAGCCAAGUGAAGUGACAUUGGAAAAGGCAGUUGAACUCUUAUCAGAUUGAUGACUCUUUCGGUGGAUGUACGGGUGAAUACGCCAUUAGAUCGUGAAAUUCUUGAGAUGCGAGGAGCUAUCACUAUCGAAGACGACAAGAUUCACCUUUUUCGAUGAAUUGACCGAGACGCCUUGGUUUGACUUGGCCCUAGGACAAGUCUCAUUUAUUGGAAACAUACUUGAGACUACCACUAUUGCUAGCAUGCAUUCGAAAACCAUUUAUUCUCGCAUGAUUAUUACCUUCCAGAUCCUAACAUACUUAUCAUCUCCAAUUUCAUUUUUGGAGUGAUUGAUCGUUUUGGAUUGUUGAUCUCUUCCUUAGCCCCAACUGUGGGAGGAGAGUCGUUCUUUCAUGGUAUAUUCGAGCCUCCCAUAAACUUAGAGAUGUCCUUAGGACUCCCUUUGGGAUAAUAGAAAUUGCAUUACGAAAAGAGUCUUAAUGAUGUGAUAUGUAUUAUUUUUGUAAAUAAUUA